AUGGAGUUUGGGUUUCCAUCACUCGAUGUAUACUAUGAUGCUUCAUUGGCUGAAAAGGGAAAUGAGUAUGUGAAAAAGGGGAAGAAGCACUAUUCAGAUGCUAUUGAUUGCUACACAAGAGCCAUUAAUCAGAAAGCUGAAAGUGAUUCAGAUAACUCUAUUCUUUAUUCGAACAGGGCUCAUGUCAAUCUGCUCUUGGGGAAUUACAGACGAGCUUUACAGGAUGCCGAGGAUGCAUUGCAACUUUGUCCGACAAAUCUUAAGGCUAUCUACAGGGCAGUCAAAGCAUCAUUAUCACUGAACCUGAUAGAUGAAGCAAAAUCAUAUUGCGAGAAAGGCAUUCAGCUUUCUGCAGACAAUGUAGAACUGAUAAAGCUAGCUGAGCAAAUAAAUGUAAAGAAAUCGGAAUACGAACAGCGUGAACUUGAAAUUUCCAAGGCCGUGACAACUGCUGAGGAUUUUGUCACUGCCUUCGAAGAUAGACAGAUAAAACUUGGGAAGCCAAUGUACCAAGAGCUCACGGGAGUUAAAAAGCCAGUGUUAGACAAGAACAAUAUUCUUCAUUGGCCUGUUUUAUUUCUUUAUGCUGAGGUUAUGUCGGGUGACAUCAUCGAGGAUUUCUGUGAGACUGAUAUGCUCUCACUUUUUAACAUGUUCUCAGAGGAUAGUCCACCUUUGCCUUGGGAUACCAAAAAUGCAUACACGCGUGAUGCUCUUGAGUUAUAUUAUGAGGCUGGCUCAGGAGUUUGUUUGUCGAAAAAAGAAGUUGUUAGUUAUCUCUUUGAAGGGAUAGCUGCAGCUCAUCUGGAAAAUUAUAGAGUUCGGGACACCGAGUUUGGAGCUCAUACUUCCUUCUCAAGUGGUGAAGGUCCACGAUGGGUGAAAGUAAACGAGAAAAAAACGCUAAAUGACAUCCUAAAAAACCAAGAUUUUAUUGUACCUGGAAUUCCUGUGUUUUUUGUUGUCUCGAGGAGAUCAAGCUUCUAUGAAGAUUUCAGGUCCGGAAACUGGGCUUCGCCUAAGAUUGUGUGAUCAAGACUGCAAUUCUAUGAAUGAUAGUAAAUUUUGUCUCGAAUUCAUAUUCAUGCUUGCCUCUUUAGAGUGCUCUGUGUUCUUGUUCAAACAUAAUAGUGUGUUUAUUUGGGCCGUUGAUUCUAAUCAACUUUCCUGUUAACAUGGUUUUGUGAGGUCAUGCAGCCUGAAUUGUGACAUGGACUUGCUUUAGUAUGUGCAGACAGUUUUGAAGUGAAGCUCGAGUAAAAUGUAACGUUAUUAGUGACAGUUAUAACACUUACGAUGUUCCUUUUCUUUUAUUUUUUUUAUUUUUUCAAAGUCAAACAACCAAAUUCAUUAAA